AUGUUCUUCGUGAAAUCCUUCGCCCAGCGGUACGGUAAACAGUUGGAGUAUGCUCUAAGAAGCUACAUGAAGUUACAAUUAAAGUUGACUCGGCUAAAAAACAAAAAGUUGUUUCUACUAAAUUGUCGUAGAACAAAAGUUAUGCCGUGCGGUUUCGAUUUCUGUCUUAACCUGGAUAUCGAAAAUGAGCAAUCGAUACUGAAAGCAGAAAGAACAAUAAAAAAGUUCAAACAAAGCUUGCUGAGUUUGCUCAUAUCGGACAGCCUCCGAAGUCUCAGCAAACUUAAAACCAAAGCAGCAACGCAACUCAAUUUCAUCGAACAUUGUGUUUCUGCUGAAGAUUUUGAUUAUCUGAAGGCUGCGGUCAAAAGGAAAGAAGAAUCCGUUUUCGCACAAUAUAAGUCAAGACAGACGAGGAAAUUGGAAAAUUUAAAAACUGAAAAGGUACAUAAAAUAUCAAAACAAAGCUCGUGGGUGUCAAACUAUUCAAGCGAGGAAUUGCCUGAUUAUGUAAUGCGCACAUUACAACUAGGCGCUGGAUUUAAUGUGCCAGAUUUAAAAAAUGCACCUUAUGUACGGUUGCUUUCUGAAAUUGAAAGUUGUAUUCAUUGGGAUCCUAAUGCUGAUGAUAUAAGAAAUGCUGUUUCAAACGCUAUGAUUAAUCAUAUUAACUACGUGAAGCAACCGUUUCACAAUGAUAACGAGUGGAUACGUAAGGAUGUUGUUAGAAGCUGUAAAUAUUUAGCUGACAGAGAUGAUCUGAUUGUUACGAAAGCAGACAAAGGCAAAUCAACGGUAGUUAUGAAUAGAGCUGAAUAUGAGACAAAAAUGUUAGCAUUGGUGAAUGACAAAGAAACGUACGAAGAGAUCAGGAACGAUCCGACGGUAUCCACGUUAAAACAAAUUAACACGAUGUUUGACCAAUGGUGUGAUGCAGAAUGGAUAGAAAAAACUACGAAACAAAGAUUGAAGGUUUACAAUUGCAACCCGCCACGGAUAUACGGGUUACCAAAAACGCACAAGGAUGGAAUUCCAUUGCGGCUUAUCAAUUCCGCGAUUGGUACAGUCACGUACAAUGCCGCAAAGUUUGUUACAUCGAUCCUGAACUGCAUUGUAGGUAAAACAGAACAUCAUAUCGCAAAUAGUUUUGAUUUUGUCGGCGAUAUCAGACAGCACACUAUUCAAGACGAUUGUAUGAUGAUUUCUUUGGAUGUGGUUUCACUGUUCACAAACGUGCCAGUGGAUUAUGCCGUUGAAAGCGUGAGGUUACGAUGGACAGAGAUAAUGGCACACACCAAAAUUCCUGAAAAUAAUUUCAUCGAUAUGCUACAGCUGGUGUUAUCAUCCACUUUUUUCAAGCACCAGGGUCGGUUUUUCAAACAGAAGUUUGGAUUACCAAUGGGUUCGCCAUUGUCUCCAGUAGUAGCAAAUAUAGUUUUGGAGAGAAUUGAAAUGAGCGCUUUGGCACAGCUACGCCAGGAAGGGAUUGUGCCAGUCUUCUUUAGAAGAUAUGUGGACGAUUGUUUGGUAGGUGUGCAACGAGAAUAUGUUGAUCGGAUGUUGGAGGUGUUCAACAGUUUUCAUCCACGACUGCAAUUUACUGUAGAGCUGGAGAAUAAUGGACGAAUCAGAUUCCUAGAUACGUUGUUAAGAAGAGAGAAUGAUCGUAUUACGACAGAGUGGACUCCAAAGGACCUAGAAGGCAGAUAUUUAGACUACAACUCAUUGAGUCCAUUUAAUCACAAGAAAAACACAGUGAUAGCUCUUGUAGAUAGGGCUUUGAAAUUAAGCGAGGCUAGUUACAGACCUAAUGCUCUGAAUAUUGUAAAACGAAUUCUUAUUAAUAAUAACUAUCCUAAUUUCUUCAUCAAUAAUAUUAUACAACAACGAACACAUUUCCUAUACAACUCGUUAACACAGAACAACAAUAACAGUAUAGCCACCAAAUUCAUAUCCGCACCAUAUAUACCAGGUCUAGGAGAAAAGUUAGCACGUUAUCUAUCUCAAUACAACAUAAGAACCAUAGAAAGGAUUUUGUUGGGAUUGAUGCCAGCCGGUAAAGCGGACCGUAAAGUGGGCAAAAGUCAUGUCACGUUCGUGCCAGUGGUGUCCCAUUUUUCGGUUCUAGCCUUCGGAGUAGGAGGAACAUUCGCUGUUGGAUAA